AUGCAGACGCAAGAAAAAAUACUUUCUAUUUCUCUGGGCCCGCGGCGACACAAAAACCAGCUCAGCCGAGCCCCCACACUGCAGGGCACUUUUGCUGCUGCUGCUGCUGCUGCAGAAGCAGCAGCAGCUGCCGCUGCAGCAGCAGCUGCUGCUGUGAACCCCUUGAACCCCUCGGGCGCCGCCAACGUGGAGGUUCCCCUCCUGCCGCGGCUGCAGCAGCUGCUGCAGCUGCUGCAGCUGCCACAGCUGCAGCUGCUGGAGCAGCAGCAGCAGCAGGCAAGAGGCUCCGCUGCAGCAGCUGCAGCAGCUGCAGCAGAGCCUCACCUGCCCCAGGGCACAGCAGGGGCCCCUGAGAGGGGCCCCCACGGAGCGAGAAAGCAGCAGCAGCGGCUGCUGCAGCUGCCGCAGCAGCAGCUGCAGCGGCUGCAGCUGCUGCAACGGCUGCUGCAGCUGCUGCAGCUGCUGCAGCACGCGCAUGAGCAGCAGUGUUUUGCUGCAGCAGUAUGCUGCCGCAGCAGCACUAAGCCGCAGCAGCAGCAACAUGCUGCUGCAGCAGCAGAUGCACACGGAUGGCAGCUAUAG